AUGGGUGAUUUAAGGAUAAAUUCCGGAUAUUUCGUAAAAAUCCGAUGGGAGGUCUACGCAUACAAUAUGCUUUUAGCCAUAGCAAAGCACUUCUAUAAGCUGUAUACUUUACUCUACGAGAAACAACGUGCCAACACAAACUUAACUUGUUUCAAUUUGAUGUCUUCAUUAAAACUUGAUGAGUUAAAAGCGACUAGCGAGUUUUUGGUGCCUUUUAAAGAUCUAACUGUUCGCCUAGAAGGUGAAAAAUACGAGACACUUUCAUUGGUUUGGCCAAUAUUUGCUGAACUGUGGAUAUAUCUUCAGCCAGACACCAGUAAUACUGAUGAGAGACCAGGGUUUAUAAUCGAACAGAUGAAAGCGGCAGGACUCAAUUAUUACCUCAGCAGAGAAAAAUAUUUCAAACCCACAUUGAGACACAAAAUCGCAACUGUGUUGAAUCCACAAUUUAAACGAUUACCAUCGACGUCGGUGUCGCCGCAACAGCUGGAACUUAUCCAUGACAAAAUUGAGUCGAUGUGCACAGGUCCAGUUCCUGAUGUGUCCCGAACCGCCGGUCUGCAGCAAGAAACUUCCGACGAAAUGGUUCAAAAAGUGCACCCAUUUUUUCGUUCAUUUUGCUCGUUUAAUGUAAAUCAAAGUGACGUAACGCAAAUGUCUGAACUACAGAAGUAUUUAUUUGAGGACGUAAACUCACUGGAAAUCAAUGUUACCGAUUAUUGGAACGAAAAUCGAUUGAAGUACCCACAACUAUUUAAAUUGUUCGCCAGAAUCAGUUGUAUUCCAGCCACAUCGUCUUCCGGUGAGCGCAUAUUCAGUCAUACUGUACUAAUUGUCAACAGCUUGCGUAGCAAUAUCUUGCCCAAUAAUGUUAAUAACAUUAUGAUC